AUGUCUUUGAUAUCUGCUUUUCGGCCGCGCUCAACCCGAGUCUCCUCAAUGCAGCAUGAAUCGCGUCCGAGACAGCGCAAAAGACACACGAGGACAACACGCCACCAGGAUGAGACUGAGGUGGAGGAUGAGAGUUUUCACUCCAUUAUAACUCCAGCCAAACAUACGCCAAAAGCAUUUCGAGCGCUACGCGGAUCUGUGGCUGCUGGCGGUCCUCUCCGUCCCUUCCGCCUGGUGAAACAAGACCUGGCAAAUCUUCGACGGCGAUAUGUGUCUGACUGGACACUGUUCAAUCAAUUGAUCUUUGCCAGCGCGGUUUAUCUCUUCUUUACCAAUCUGUUGCCUGGUAUCACUUUUGCCAGUGAUCUCUAUGUCUUGACAGGUAAGAGUUGGGGUACAAUUGAGGUGGUCUUGAGUACAGGAUUAUGCGGUAUCAUCUUCUCAUUGUUCUCCAUCCAACCGCUGACAAUUCUCGGAGUCACUGGGCCAUUCUCAGUGCUUGCGGAGAACAUCUAUACACUAUGCGAGGAAGACUUCAAGGUGCCAUUCCUGCCUUUCAUGGCUUGGUCUCUCAUUCACGCAGCUUGGUUGCACUACAUAUUGGCUAUAAUCAAUGCCCACGACUGGACAAUGCGCUAUGUUACCACUUUUGCGACAGAGAUCUUCUCUCUCUUGAAUAGUAUUAUCUAUUUUCAUAAAGCCAUACAAGAGCUGCAGAGGGCCCAAGACAGCCUUUCUUUCGCAGCUUUCUUAUAUGCGAUUAUUGGAGCUGUGGGGACGAUGCUCCUAGCCAUUUUUCUGUCCACAGCAGAAAGCUGGCGCCCGUUGUUCCAUAAGUAUAUUCGUCUUGUUCUAACAGAAUAUGCUGCUGCAAUAUCCAUCAUAAUAUUCAUUGCUUUACCACACGUUGGUGAAUUGGCCCACCUCGACAAGAUGACCCUACCUGUCAGUGAUUCGUUCCGGCCUACCUCCCCAGAUCGUGAACGCUUCUUCGUUGAAUUCUGGAAGUUACCGAUUGGAUGGGUUUUUGCUGCGAUUAUCCCAGGGAUCAUUAUUACAAUUUUGUUCUUUUUCGACCAUGAAGUCAGCUCCAUCAUCUGCACAAUUGAUCGGUAUGGCACGCGGAAGCCUGGUGGGUUCGCAUGGGACAUCGUAUUGCUUGGUACCACGACGGCUCUAUGCGGGAUCCUGGGUAUUCCACCUGCCAACGGCUUGCUACCGCAAGCGCCUUUACAUUCAGAGUCCUUGAUGCACGUCGAGAAAGAACAAGAGACCAUUGUUGUUGACGGCGAGGAGAAAGUCUCAACACGCGAAGUUAAGCGCGUGUAUGAGCAGCGAUGGUCAUCCCUUCUCCAUGCAGGGGCAAUUCUUCUAUUUGUCAGCCCGCCUUUCAUGAAAGUACUGGGCUUGACACCAACUAGUGUUCUUGCGGGGCUGUUCAUGUUCAUGGGAGAGCAGAGCCUAUCUGUCAACCCAAUCCUAUAUCGAACCUUUUAUCUCCUCACGCCAUCGUCUGAACUUCCUCCUUUGCCUUCGUCGCUUGUCAAAAACAAUAAUAGCCCAGAGGAGGUUAUUGGCAACGAACCUCCGCGCAGCCCUUCAUACAUCCCUAUCCACCUGUAUACAAUUUUACAGAUCGUCAUCACAGUAGUCAUAUUCAUUGUCACACUGACCCAAGGGGCUCCCGUCUUCCCGGUUCUGAUCAUCCUCCUGGUGCCCUUCCGUCUACUAGUGAUGAAGCGAUGGUGGCCGCGAGAGGUCCUCAGAUUCGUGGAUGCCUGGGCCUGCAGAGAGGGAACACCGGAGGACGACGAGGAUGCGAAAGCCGAGCAGCAACUGACACCCCAGGAUGUCCCCGAUCGACGCAGCCAGGACGAAGAUGGAAUGACUUCCGACCUUGCUCGGGAAAAUUCCACGGGUGAAUCAUACGAUUUGCGCUCUGAACCAUCAAUGAACUUACCAAUUUCCAAUUCAAGACAACCCUGCUUUGAAGACCCCAAUCAGGCAGAGAAUGAGUGGAUCGAGCUCCAUGUUCGAUCCCAAGUUGAUGAGGAACUUGGCCAGCCGAAGAAGUGA